GUUCCUAAACGUCACGCCGACGUGCUUUUGGUUUGCCGUGCGGUAUGCAUGCUAUUGCUACUUACAUGUACUACUACUACUAGUUAACUUGUAAAUAUCGGUUUAGUUCGUCUCAAAUUGAAGUUGUUUCUUUCUCAACUCCAAUUUGUUCCGUAAGUAGAAUCACCAAGAAAUGAGCGUGUUCACUGAGCGACCCAAGGGUUUCUGCCAGUAUGACUACAUCGAAGAGGACAGCGACCAAGAAAUUCAUGGAAGAGACAGUUCCGAUGAUGAGCUAGACAUUCUCCUGCAUGGCACGCCGCAGCAGAAGCGGCGGCUGACACGCAGCCUGAGUCGCGGCAGCCUGGAGAUGUCCUCCAGCGAAGAUGAGUUUGAGAAGGAGAUGGAGAGGGAAUUGGCUGAGACCAUGAGACAGCAUGAACAGCAGUUUGCCUCAGCUGCUGAGAGUGCCAUGUCCCAUCGGGCGUCCGGCAGUGGUCCGGCUGAUGUGCAGUCCAGUGGCCAGCCAGCCAACACGGAGAGUCAAAUUGCAGAUGAGUUCUACAAUGACAUCUACUUUGAUUCUGAUGACGAGACUGAAGAAGCUGCCGCUGCCAACAAAGCCAACUCAUCCCAAAGGAACAAAAAAACUCCAGGGAAGCACCGAGUCUUCACCAAUGAUGAGUUAUUGUACGAUCCAGAGAUAGAUGACCGGAAUCAGGAAUGGGUUGACAGGCAGCGUAGUCGUUACUAUCCGCACCAGACCAAGCAGGAGUCAUCAGCUCCACAGGCGGGUAACAGGGAUUGUCCGGAGGACAGUGUGAGUACGAGUGCAGCUGCGGGUAAGGAGGAGACACCGGUCAUCCCAAAGAGCGAUGCGGUGCUCAACUGCCCAGCCUGCUUGACCACACUUUGUCUGGACUGCCAGCGGCAUGAGCUGUACACCCACCAGUACCGAGCCAUGUUCGUGCUGAACUGCACCAUCGUCCGUUCCGAGCGCCUGAUCUACACCAUCCCGGAGAAGGCAAGGCAGCGGAAGAAGGGGAGGAAGAAAGGCCACAAGAGGCAGCUGGUCAAAACUGAUGAGGCCGAAGGAGCGGUGCCCUCAUCGGCGACCAGUCAACAAGAACACUACCACCCAGUGCGCUGCAGUAAAUGCAACACCGAGGUUGCAGUAUACGACAGUGAUGAAGUGUUUCAUUUCUUUAAUGUGAUCACCAGCUUAUCAUGAAGCAAUGUCGUCUGAUCAUCCAAAGUUGCUUUCCACUUGUAAACUGAGUGAACAACUAAAACAGUGCCUCAUCUCUUUCACGAUCCAAUAUCAGUUGAUUUUGGAAGGGUUGAUCUUGUUGACCCGAGCUGUGAACCUGUAUUCUAACCACUAGAUUUGGUUUGUGUGAACUUGUCCUGGCCUCAGCUUUCUUUAGAGUGUACCAAACAUUGAAGAAUGUCGAGUCCCCCAUCCCUUUUGAUUUUUCCGUGAGCCAUUCCCCGUAGGAAAAAUCCUGGUAAUGCACCAUACAUGGGGACUAAAGUCUGUUUGGAUGUCAUCUUCCCAGUUCCAUCAGCUUAUAUUCUUAUAGUCAUAUGCACUUGCGCAAUGUCACAAUAGUCAAGGAAGGCACCCGUGGAAUUUUAAAAUCAGUUCAUUUUUUAAUUACUAUACAUUUUGGGCAAGCCAUUAAUGACAGUUCAAAACACUUAAAAUUUCAAAACAACAUUGCAUUAAAAUUACAGGCCAGUGACAAUAAGCAAAAUACUACAUGAAAACACUAUGCUGUUCGAUCGACUCGAUUAAUGUUUGGGUUAAACCUCAUUGUAACUACAUACUCUAUGUAUGUUCACAUUGGCAAUGCCAGGUUUAUUUGAGGGUGGGGUUUAUCAUUUUCAUCACCAAAAAUAACAAAAAAGUACAAGUUUUACCCCGCGUCAGAGAAAAGUUUCCAUCAGUGGCAGUAGCCUUUAUGGUGCAUCCUGAACUAAUGCCGUAGAUGUGGUUGUAGUAAGCCAGCAUUGAUCAUGCACUGGUGAAUCUGGGGUGGGACAAUGGGGGCUGUUUUUGUAUUUGUGUGAAUUAUUUGGAGUUAGUUUCAUUUCUCAAAGCAUGUAAAAAGCCUCCACAUUUAGUCUGACCCCUCAGAAGGACCAUAAAAAAGUUACAUAUAUUCACCAAUUUUUGCUUCCCUGAAAAAUUGGGUUUCGAUCCACCCUUGUGGGUAUUCUGAUUACGUUUUUAUUGAUAUUAAAAUGAUUCAUCCGAAAUUAAUGUCAUACUGAGAAACUUUCAUUGCUGAAGUGAUGCAGGUGGACUUUGCAAGGUCAUAUGCCAAGGAGGCAGAAACAAAACACACCGUGUAAAGAGUGGAAGUUUGCGUGCGUACAAAGAAAAACCAUGAGUACAUGUACUUUGUUAAGAAGUUCGUGUAUCUUCGAAAAAGAUACAAAUUUAAAAUGAAAACUGUUUGGUUUUAAGAAAUCAAAGUUUACAAAUUAUUUUUGUGAAAAAGUUUCCCUCAGUCAACUUCUGUGGUGUAUUAUACAGAUUUCACUGCAUUUAGAGCAUUGUCACGUUAAACUAUUAAACUAUAGAGUUGGUCACACUGAGGAUUUGUUUUAUUAAAGUUUUAAAGAGCACCUCUAAGGAAAA